AUGGGAAAUACACCUUCCACCAACACGAGGCCAGCCGCUCCAACACCUCAUUCACACUCUCCCGCACCUUCGAAUCAUAGUAAUGACUCAUUAAGGGCGUCCUCAACUCGCAGAGAUCCCAGAAAUUUGAUUCAUUCACAAAGGACCGCUGCGAGAGCAGAACCUUCUCUAGCCCAAGCUCACGGAUCGAAUGUCACACACCGCCCGCGCAACUCCCAAUCACACCCUACCGCUCAAUUCAAUGAUUCUUUGCCGAGUUCGGGAGUCAAUAUACCGUCGGCGCAUGCCAGAGAACCACAAAUGGGCCUGCAACCACAUAGAGUCGAAACAGAGACAGAUAAGAUCGACGUGAGAGAUCAGCCAACCAAGCCAGUCGAUGUUCCCAUGCCAUCUUCAAAUUACGACACUACAACGUCUAGAUCCCACUCACAUUCCCUAUCGAGCACGCAACCUCCAUCUAUCGACCCUUAUGGUCCUCCCAUUCAAGACAUGUCGUAUCAUCUUACGCGGCCUCCAAGACUUCCACUCCCAAUCGAGGAGGAGGUUCAUACACCAGGGUCACCCCUAAUCGCACCGGCUGAUACGAUCGCGCCGGCGAUGGAUAUGGAUACUCUGGACAACGAACCACUUGCAAGACGAAACUCUGCGCUUAGCAACACAACUAUAGACGAAGAGGACGCCGAGGAGAUUCAAAUCGACCAGACGAAGGCAACAGUACCGACUCUGUUUGAGUGGAGAGAAGGCGGAGAGAAAGUUUAUGUAACCGGUACCAUAUUUCAAUGGAAUAAGAAACAUAGAUUGAGCGCAGUGGAAGGAGAGCCGAACCUUUUGAGAGCAAUUAUUCAUGUACGACCUGGAACUCACCACGUCCGAUUCAUUCAAGAUGGCAUUAUGAAAUGCUCCGCGCUUCUGCCCACCACAGUUGAUUUUGGCAAUAACUUAGUCAAUUACAUCGAAGUCAGCGCUGAUGACCUACCUAGCGAUGAGACUUUUGUAAAAAUACCUAGUGAUCCAAUUGGAGGUCCGGAAAACAAACCCGAGAUCACUCAGCCAGAGCCAGUACCUGCAGAAGAGAGGACAAAGCCUAAGCCGAUCUCGAAGAUGAAACCAGCAAUCUCCCAGAGUCAAUUUACAUCGGAAAUUCCACAGUAUCUUAUAGAUAUGGAUAAACCCGAAGAUUCGAGGGACUACCGGUAUGCGAUUGCGGCCAUAGACAAACUGCCUCCUCCCCCUAGUUUGCCAGGAUUCUUGGGAAAGCCAAUUUUGAAUGCCAAUGCACCAAUGAAGGAUGACAAUAGUGUUCUGACUAUGCCUAAUCACACUGUUCUUAAUCAUUUAGCUACGAGCAGCAUUAAGAACAAUGUUCUUGCUGUCUCUGCCACGACCAGAUAUAAGAGAAAGUAUGUGACGACAAUCAUGUACAAGCCUACAGCGGAGGAAUGA